CUUGAAUUUCCCCUCACCUAUUACUCCAAUCGCCACCACCUCUCUUCUCGCCGGCCACCCUUUCCUUAGCAGUCACCAGCCGUCCCCAUCCCUGGUUAGCUUUCGAUUUCAACAUCUUUCUAUCUUUUUUCUUUUAUUGUUAUUUUUUUCUUUUGCCUUGCGGGAUUACCAACAUGGGUCGUCACUGACUCGUCGUUUAACCGACGAGCGACCAGCCUUACAAUCAACUUUACACCAUCAAAAAGAAUGCUAAAUUUGUUAACCAAAAACAAAAACAAGACUAGCAUGAUAUUGACACAUUCUUGUUCUUUCAUCACACAUUUACUCUCCCCAUCUCCAACUUACAUUCCUACUUUUACCCCUUCAUCAUUUCCCCAGGGUUUUUCCAGUUCAAUAUUGAGGUACAGGUUUAAGGGGUAUUGUUGUUCUUCAAGAGUGAUGGCUAAUGUGGGUGACAAAAUCUCAUACUUGAAUCAAAGAGAAGCUGCGGAGGUUGAUGAGAUUCUUAUGGGUCCUCUUGGAUUUAGUGUUGAUCAGUUGAUGGAAUUGGCUGGGUUGAGCGUUGCUACAGCAAUUGCAGAGGUAUACAAUGUGAAAGAUUAUAACCGUAUAUUGGCUAUAUGUGGCCCGGGAAACAAUGGUGGCGACGGUCUUGUAGCUGCUCGUCAUUUGCAUCACUUUGGAUACACACCAUACAUUUGUUAUCCAAAACGUACUGCAAAGCCUCUUUAUACAGGUCUGGUGACUCAGCUUGAAUCAUUGGGUAUCACUUUUUUGUCCCCGGAUGACCUGCCUAUGAACUUGUCGGAGGACUAUAAUAUUCUUGUUGAUGCCAUGUUUGGCUUUUCAUUCCAUGGUACACCAAGGCCACCAUUUGAUGAUUUGAUUCAACGCCUGGUGAAUCUUAAAAGUUAUGAAGUAAAUCAAAAGACAGCUGUUAUCGCCUCUAUAGAUAUUCCAUCUGGGUGGCAUGUAGAAGAGGGAGAUGUUAAUGGUGAUGGAAUCAAACCAGACAUGUUGGUUUCUUUAACUGCUCCUAAACUGUGUGCGAAGAAGUUUCAAGGUUUCCAUCAUUUUUUAGGUGGGAGGUUUGUUCCACCUUCCAUUGUAGAUAAGUUUAGGCUUAAUCUUCCGCCAUAUCCUGGAACCUCCAUGUGUGUUCGAAUCGGGAAGGCUCCACAAGUUGACAUUUCAUCAAUGAGAGAGAAUUAUAUUUCUCCAGAGUUCAAGGAGGAAGAUGUGGAGGCCAACCCCUUUGUUCAGUUCCAGAAAUGGUUCGAUGAUGCAAUGGCUGCUAGCUUAAAGGAGCCAAAUGCUAUGGCAUUGUGUACUGCUGGCAAAGAUGGCAAGCCCUCUUCACGAAUGGUAUUGCUGAAAGGAUUUGACAAAGACGGUUUUGUCUGGUACACAAAUUAUGGUAGCCGGAAAGCCAAGGAUUUAGCUGAGAAUGCUAAUGCAUCACUUCUAUUUUAUUGGGAUGGGCUGAAUCGCCAGGUGCGAAUAGAAGGUUCUGUGCAGAAGGUUUCAGAAGAGGAAUCCGAGAAUUACUUUCACAGUCGCCCUAGAGGAAGUCAGAUUGGAGCAAUGGCCAGUAAACAGAGUACUGUAAUUCCAGGACGUGAUUAUCUCCACCAAGAAUAUAAAGAUUUGGAAGCAAAGUUCUCUGAUGGAGGUCCAAUACCUAAACCGCAAUAUUGGGGUGGUUACAGACUUAAACCAAAUUUUUUUGAGUUUUGGCAAGGACAGACGUCACGGUUGCAUGAUAGGUUAUGUUAUUCUCAAGAAGUCGUUGGCACUAGUGUGUGGAAAAUCAUACGCUUGGCUCCAUGACUAGCAUCCCCUUCAUCCUCGUUGUGAUAUACCCAAAAUCUGCUCGUACACUGCAAAGCCCUUCAGUUUGUAGAAAAGAAUUCAUGUACAUGUCCAAAUUAAAACUAUUAUUAUUAUCAAAUCCACUUCAACUUCUUGGUGUUCUUUUGUACUAGGAUGUGGUUUAGAGUUCUAAAUCCUAAUAGAUUACUGUAUAAUGUUUAACUUGUUAAUGCGUUCAUAAUUUUACUACACAAAUCUUGAAUGCAUAUCUUUAUUUUACAUA